GGGAGCAUCGAAAUUGUUGCCAACCCAAAUAAAUAAUUUAGAAGCUGAAGACAGCAUUGUACCGAUAAAUCACAUGAAUAACCAAUCAACAAGUCAAACACCAACACACAAAACAUACUUUUGUAAUACAUCUUCUGUAUUUUACAUGAAAAAUGUUUGUGACGAUUCUUCAACCCAUGUUAUUUAUAUGUCGAACAGAGGUUUAACAUCUCUCCCAAAAGGAGUAUUUAAUGGAUUGAUAUCUCUACGUAUUUUGGAUUUAGAUGCAAACAAACUGACCAGUCUGAAGCCUGAAACUUUUAAUAGUUUGUCCAAACUGGAAUAUUUAUUCAUCAGUAACAAUAGUUUAACACAUCUUCCACAUAAUAUUUUUAAAGAAUUGAUAUCACUGACUUAUUUGGACGUACAAUCAAACAAACUAACUAGCCUGAAGCCUAACACUUUCAAUAGUUCGCGCAAACUAAAGUAUCUAGCAAUCAAAAAGAAUAACUUAACACAUCUUCCUCAAGAUAUUUUUAAAGGAUUGAGAUCUUUAAAUAUUUUGGAAUUAGAUUCAAACAAACUGAUAAGUCUUGAAAAUAAUACCUUUAAUAAAUUAUCUCAUCUUGUUAAUUUAUUUAUCAGUGAAAAUAAUUUAUCAUCUCUUCCGCAAGGUAUAUUUGAUGGAUUAAAAUCUCUAACUAGGUUGCAUUUACAUUCAAAUAAACUAACAAGUCUAAAGCUUGAUACUUUUAAUAGCUUGUUCAAUCUUAAAACUUUAAGUAUCAAUAAUAAUUGUUUAACAUAUCUUCUACCAGGGAUAUUUGAUAGAUUAGAGUCUCUAGAUUUGUUGGAUUUAUCAUCAAAUAAACUGACAAGUCUUGACCCUGAUAUUUUUAGUAGCUUGACCGAACUCACCCAUUUAUACAUCACAAAUAAUAACUUAACGACUCUUCCACAAGGAAUAUUUAAUAAAUUAAUAUCUCUAACUAAUUUAGGAUUAGAUUCAAACAAACUGUCAAGUCUUAAAAAUAAAACUUUUCAUGGCUUGUUCAAUCUUGAAACUCUAGAUAUCAGUAAUAACAAUUUAACAUCUCUUCCACAAGGAAUAUUCAAUCAAUUAAUAUCUCUAAUUUCUUUGCAAUUAUAUUCAAACAAACUGUCAAGUAUUGAAAAUAAUACUUUUUAUAACUUAUCUUAUCUUACUGAUUUAGAUAUCAGUGAUAAUAAUUUAACAUUUCUUCCACAAGGAAUAUUCAUUGGAUUAGAGUCUUUAGAUUUGUUGGAUUUAUCAUCAAAUGAACUGACAAGUCUUGAUUCUGAUAUUUUUAAUAGUUUGUCCAAACUCACUCAUUUAUACAUCAAAAAUAAUAAUCUAACAUCCCUUGAACAUGAAGUAUUUAAUGAAUUGAAAUCUUUAACAGUUUUACAUUUGCGAUCCAAUAAACUGACAAGUCUUCCGUCUAAUAUUUUCAAUAAGUUGAUCCAUCUUGAAGAUUUAGAUAUUGGUAAUAAUAAUUUAACAUCUCUUCCACAAUAUAUAUUCAGUGAAUUGAAAUCUCUAAGUCAGUUGCAUUUAGAUACAAAUAAACUGAUCAGUCUAGAGAUUAAUACAUUUACUAGAUUGAACAAUCUUCAAAUUUUAUCUAUUAGUAAUAAUAGUUUAACAUCUCUUGCACAAGGAAUAUUCGAUGAAGUGGAAUCUAAUAUUUUCAAUGACUUGGUCAAUCUUAAAAUUUUAGAUAUUCAUAAUAAUAAUUUGACUGAUCUUCCAACUGAUAUUUUCAAGAAAAAUCAAAAACUGGAAUGUUUAAAUUUACAAUCAAACAAUCUCAAUGAAUCAAAGCCUGAAGUUUUUACUAAUUUAACGCAGCUUCAUUUGCUUAAUAUUGAAGAUAAUAAAUUUAGUCUAACAGACGAUGAUAAAAAAUUAAUUUUAAAAAAUAUUAAACAGCGAACCUACAAUGAAUCUACUACAUAUAAUAUUUUCAAAAACGAACCAUGCUUUUCAUCUAUGACAGUAUAUUAACAAAUAUUAUGAAAUAAAUAAUAAAAAUAAUUAAUUGAUGUAUUGAAAUAAGUCAUAAUGGAAGAUAAAAUAAUAUUAUUAUUAUCAUAUUUUGCAAAAAAUAUAUAGAACUUAAUUUUUUUAAUUUUUGUUAUUCUUGAUAACAGAAAAAGAAACCGUCUUAAUAAUUUUUUUGAUAUUAAAAUAUUUUAAACAUUUAAAAUAUAUUUUUUAUUGAUCCACGAGAAUCUAUAAUAAUAAUAAAAUAAUUAAAAUGUAAAAUUCUAUAAAAAAAAAACUCAUCAUUUAUGAAUAAUAACAAAAUUAAAAAACUGCAAUUUUAAA